CAACCUGCUCCGGUCCAAUCAGCCUCAGUGCCUACCUUCACACAUAAGCGGCAGGGGCACUCAGGUCUGUCAGACCCUACACAUGCAAACGCUACAUACACACUUGUGACACCCGGACACGUUGGCACACACCCGGCCCCCCUUGCCACCCGUUCCCGCCCUCAUCGAGACACCUCUGCACGACCCCUCCGCCAUUGGCCGAGUUGCGGAGCCCUCAGCAUCUCCAUCGUGGCUGAAGGGAGCAUUCAGGAGAGCGGGAGACACAGGUGAAUGAUGAAGACGCUCGUACGAUUGGUAGUGGGACUGCUCGUCCUCGAAGCGGUGGCGGCCAAUCCCCGGUUCUCUCGGCAAGCCGACCUGGACUCAUAUGACGACGGCAACUACGAUGUGGACGACGUUAACUCGGAAAACCAGGAGUAUGACUAUGAGGACGGGCCGACCAUCGAGGAUCCCGAGAUAGAGAUUGGCACCCUGGCUCCACCUGACUACAACUACCCAAUGCCCGAGGCCUCGUUGGAGGAGCAGGAGGAGGAGGAGGAGGAGUUGCCAAUAAAGCCCCAGCUCAUCCCUCAGGGCUCAGGGGGGUCCGGUGUUCUCAUGGGCCCAGACACACAGAAAGAGGUGGAGCUGCGUCUGACGGCCAAUGACAUCCUUCAUGUCUCCGGGGAUUUUGGGGGCUCAGUGGGGUCCGGUGCCUUGGGAGCCUCUGGGGUUUCUGGGUCAGGAGGCUCAGGAGACCCACUGGUCUCCGGUGCCUCCGGGGGUUCCGGCGAUAUUAUCUUCAUCUCUGGGGCUUCUGAGGAGAUUCUCAGCAGCUCUGGAGGAUCAGGGGAGUUCUUAGUGUCCGGGGAUGUGGAUUUCUUGAUAUCAGGGGAUCUCUAUGGAUCUGGGGAGGUCUCCGGAUCUGGAGACCUCCUGAUGUCUGGGGAGAUCCUAGGAUCAGGGGAUUUCCUAAUAUCCAGUCAUCUUUCUGGGUCCGGGGAUCUCUUGAUAUCUGGAGAUCUAUCAGGAUCUGGAGAUCUCUUGAUAUCUGGGGAUACCAUGGGAUCCACAGCUUCUGGAGCCUCUGGGGACUUUGUCUCUGGAGAUUCUGGAAUUCUAAUAGAAUUGGGAUCAAGCGGGUCUGGGCUUGAACUCCCUCUGGGCUCUGGAGGGUCUGGGGACCAAAUUGGUUCUGGGUUCUCGGGAGAUCUCCUGACCUCAGGUGCCUCUGGAGGCUCUGGGGUUUCUGGGGACACAGAUGAGUCUGGGGAGUCAGGGAUAACAUUAUUGCCUGGAGAGGUGGAACUCCCUCUCAUUCCUACAACUAUCCCACAAGAGGCAUCGGGUACUUCUGGAGAUUUCUCAGGAGUUUCAGGAACCUCAGGGGACCUUGGAGUCUCUGGAGACAUAGAUGUCUCUGGAACUUCUGGUGUCUCUGCCUCUGGAGAACCCAAGGAGCCUGAUAUAAUUCUGAUUCCUGACAUUGAUAAAGAGGAGGGGCUGCUUCCGACACAAGAGACCCCUCAGGAGGGUACUGGUGGUGUAGAAACAACACUGGGCUCUGGGCUACCAGAGCCAAAGGAACCCGAAGAACCUGAGGUUGACACGAAAGGUAUGCCCACUUGCUUGCUGUGCACAUGCCUUGGUGGUUCAGUCUACUGUGAUGACUUGAAACUGGAUAGCGUACCACCUCUGCCCAAAGACACAACUCAUUUCUAUGCCCGCUACAACAGGAUCACCAAGAUCAACAAGUCUGACUUUGCCUCCAUGAACAAGCUGAAGAGGAUCGACUUGACAGCCAAUGCCAUUUCGUCCAUUGAAAGCAGGGCGUUUAUGGGUCUGCCAGAGCUUGAGGAGCUGGUGAUUCGAGAAAAUCACAUUUCACAGAUGCCCGUCCUGCCGGAGACCAUGACUCUGAUUGAUGCCAGCCACAAUAACAUUGAGUCCAAGGGUAUUCCCAAGGAGGCUUUUAAGGACAUGACCGGCUUGCUCUACCUGUACCUGACGGAUAACGAAAUAGACUACAUCCCUGUGCCUCUUCCAGAUAGUCUGCGAUCCCUACAUCUACAGCGUAACAACAUUCAGUCAAUGCACGAGGACACCUUCUGCAACCUGCACGACUUCAAUUACAUUCGCAAUGCGCUGGAGGACAUCCGCCUUGACGGCAACCCCGUCAACCUCAGCCGAACUCCGCAGGCAUACGUUUGCCUGCCCCGCAUCCCGGUCGGCGACCUCAUCUAAAAUUCAAACACACCCAAACAAAGCGACCGCCGCCACGCGUCCCUGUAAAUAACGACCCAACAAGUGCACGGGGGGCGUGCGGAUGAUACUCGUCUUUGGCGUCUUUCCACACGCCGAUGGAUACAGUAUUUUGCGGAGAGGUACCACUCUGCGUGGAUAUCCACGAUUCCAUAAAUGCGUGAGAUGUGACUGACAAUGCACAUACACACCGAUGUAGCACACCUUCAGAACGGGUGCACACAUACACACUUAAAUAAAUAACAUAAGCCAAACUGUUUCACAACUUGAUUUAGGAGUUAAAGUCAACCCUCAACUGAAUGUUUCUGUCUGAUGUCUGCUCACAACUGGUCAAAUUUUUUUUUUUUUGUCUAAAAGAUGUUUGUUUUGUAAAAAUGAAAUAUAAAUGUUAAAUAAAUCCUUUGGAAAUGUAAACUUAUUGAAGGCCGGAGCUCAAUGAAAGGUGAGAUUUUGAGUACCUAAUGCAAUAAAAGACGCAUUUUAAACA